CUUCUGUCCGCUACUCGAUUCAAACUCCAAUACUGACAAAAACCAAAUUUCAAAUCCCUCCAUCAAAUCAAAUGGGUUCCCGUAAUUCACUUCUCCACUGUUCGUCAAGAAAGUAAAAAAUGGCGAACGGAUCAUUACCCUAAUCCUUAAUUCUGCUACACAAAUGAAGACGAAGAAGACGAACAGCCCGCGGCUCUCUGUUUUUAUCUAUGCAUCACUUUAGGUUUCACAUAGCAUCCUCGUGAGACCAUUUAUUGCGGGUCUUACAAAAUUUCUUGGAUGAACUUGUAUAGAAAUAGCUUGAGGCUAAUUUCUUGGAUCCAAAUAUUGUUGUUCUACCCAUGUCUGUUCUUGAGGUUGAUCCAUUGCUGAAGGAUUUGAAUGAGAAGAAACAGAGUUUUAGGAGAAAUGUUGUGUCGUUGGCGGCGGAGUUAAAGGAGGCUCGAAAUCGCCUUUCUUCUCAAGAAGAAUCGUUUGUUAAAGAGGCUCAAACAAGGCAGGAAGCAGAGGCUAAGACUAUGAUUAUGGAACGAGAAAUUGGGAGAUUGCAUGUGGAAUUGGAUGAGAAGGAUGAACAACUCAAGACUUCUGCAAGUACAGCCACCAAGUACCUCCACGAGCUGGAUGGACUGAGACUACAGCUCGCUGCCACUCAAGCAACAGCUGAUGCAAGUGCUGCCUCAGCUCAAUCAGCACAGAACCAGUGUUUAGCGCUUUUGAAGGAACUAGACGAAAAGAACAUGUCUUUAAAAGAGCACGAAGAUCGUGUAAAAAGGUUGGGAGAACAACUCGACGAUCUACAGAAAGAUCUUGUGGCAAGGGAAUCAUCUCAGAAGCAGCUGAAAGAUGAAGUGUUGAGAGUUGAGCAUGAGAUUAUGGAAGCUCUAGCCAAAUCUGGUGUGAGCAAGGAUUGUGAAUUGAGGAAGAUAUUAGAUGAGGUUUCUCCCAAGAAUGUUGUGAAGAUCAAUAGGUUGUUGAUUGCAAAAGACGAAGAGAUAGCAAGAUUAAGAAAUGAAAUCAAGACAAUGACUGCUCACUGGAAGCUGAAAACCAAGGAGUUGGAAUCACAAUUAGAGAAACAACGACGAGCUGACCAAGAACUGAAGAAGAGGGUGUUGAAGCUGGAGUUCUGUUUACAAGAAGCUCGCACUCAAACACGAAAACUUCAAAGGAUUGGAGAACGACGGGAGAAAGCCAUAAAGGAACUUCGAGAUCAGUUGGCAGGAAAGCAAGGUGGAGCUAGUUCUACUACCGAAUCUGAAAAACUAAAGUUUUGGGAAACCUCGGGGUUCAAGGUUAUGGCUUCGAUGUCGAUGUUGAUACUCGUAGUAUUUUCGAAGCGAUGAGGUACAUCAUUAGAAUGUAUAGUAGUGUAGGAAGUAGCAUGGUAGAGGAGAACUUUGUCCUUGUUCUCCAUUUACAGAUUUACAGAGGAAGUGAUUCUGUAUUUAUAUGUAGAACAGCCUAUCUUAGGCUAGCAACUAAUUGUAGCCACUCAUCUAGGUCAUAUAGAAACUCGGUCAAAUUCGAGACUUCGACUAACGGUAUUUGUUCGUUACUAUCUC